AUAAAAAAACACCCACGAAAUUUCCCAUUUUUUCCUUCUUAAAAAAGAUCUGCCUUUUUACUCAUUUCUAUAAAAACUACUCUCAUUAAACCCAAAACCUUCCCAAAUUCCUUUUCUCUUCUUUUUCUUUCUCUCUGUUUUUGUCUUCAUUUUCGUUAAAACCCAUCAAAAUUCAUACUUUAAUUGGAUAACUGUCCAACUCAAAAACUCAAAAUUUUCAAUUUCUUGAAACAACCCAGAAAUUAUUGUUUCCUCUUUUCAAUUGGGUGGAACCCAGAAACUAAAAUUUGGUAAAGUUUAGUACCAGAAUUGGCUUUUCUGCUUUUAUUCCGUUAAAAACUGAAGAAUUUACUAAAUAAAGUUUCAACCUUUUUGGGUUUAGAGAUUAAGUUAUUAAUUCAACUUUCUAGCUUACCUAAUUUCUAUAAUUUGUUUGGCGGUUUUAUUUUGCCCUGUUUUGAGAAGAUUGAGGAAACUCUCUAAGAAGUUCUAUGCAUUUUUCAAAGAAAUGCAGACUCUGAUUUUCUCUGGGAUUCUAGAGUAGUGAGAUGACCGAAACUAAAAGGAGUGUUAGACCAACUGACCAGGACAGCUUCACAUCAGUUGCAUCGAAACGACAAAAGAUUGAUAUAUCAAUGUCUAGCAAGGAAAGAAAAGAGAAACUUGGUGAAAAGAUAACCACACUUCAACAGCUUGUUUCCCCAUAUGGCAAGACUGAUACAGCCUCUGUCCUGUUAGAGGCAAUGGAAUAUAUUAACUUCCUUCAUGAGCAAGUGAAGGUUUUGAGUGCUCCCUACCUCAACAAUACUCCUGUUACAAAAAUUGAGGAGCCCCUACAAUAUAGCUUAAGGAGCAAAGGAUUGUGUCUGGUACCAAUAGAGUGUACUGCUGGAUUGGCUGGCAGCAAUGGGGCAGAUAUAUGGGCCCCAAUUAAAACCGGUUCCCCGAGAUUCUAGUACUCACUUCCGCAACUAAUACACGCAGUUUAAGUACCAAUUACUACCCUUACUUGCAAUGCUUCAUAAUGCAGCUAAUCGGGCUUUGAGAUUAUCAUGUGAUACUCAAAAAGCGAUGUAUUUUUUCCGGUCCUGGACACGAAGCGAUGGAGCGUGAAGUAACUGAAACUUGCGGCCUCUAAAUCUGUGUUCGUAAUUAGGUUGAUGUAAUGGAAGAACAUAAGAAUUUUGUACAAAGGUUUAAUUGGCCUGAUGAUCUAUGGAGAUGAAUUGGGAGACCGGUGGGAAUUCAGUUGCACUUCGGUUUUGCCUAGUAUAAAUAUAUGAAGUAUAUUGUUAUCGAUAUACUUGUCCAAUUGUAUGAGCUCUUGUUGGCGGAUCUAUAUAUUCAAAUAAUUAAUCCACAUAAAACAAAGGGUGAA